UUCUCUAUACAUUUGUGCACACUGCCAAAUGGGUGAAGUUAAGCCAUAUUUGGCAGUGGUUCUAAUGCAAUUCAUAUAUUCAGUGAUGACCUUGUUGACUAAGGCAGUUUUUAACCAAGGCAUGAAUAGCUCUGUGUUUAUCUUCUAUAGACAAAUGUUGGGAACCGUUAUUUUGGUCCCUCUGGCCUUCAUAUUUGAACGAAAAAGUGCAGUGCCACUCUCGUUCAUGACUUUCUUGAAGAUUUUCAUGUUCUCAUUUAUCGGGCUUACUCUAACCUUGAAUGUUUAUAGCAUUGCACUUGUUUAUACCUCUGCCACGUUGGGUGCUGCAUUUGUUAAUUGCCUCCCCGCUUCUACUUUCUUCCUUGCUGUCAUUCUCAGAAUGGAAAAGGUAAAUAUAAAGACAGAAUCAGGGAUUGCAAAGAUUGCAAGUGUAUUGCUUUGCAUAGGUGGUGUGGUGAUCCUUGCAUUAUACAAAGGACCACACUUAGUAUCUGGACACCACCACACUCAACAUCUUUCAUCAAGAGGCCAAAAAUGGAUACUCGGUUCUUUACUCUUUUUCUUGGCAGUCAUCACUUGGAGCUUUUGGCUUGUCAUUCAGGCUCAAUUUCUUAAAAGCUACCCUUCAAAGUUAUAUUUCACUAGCCUGCAGUGCAUGUCAAGUGCAAUUCAAUCAUUUUUGGUUGCUAUAGCUUUUGAAAGAGAUUUUCAGCAAUGGAAGUUGGGUUGGGAUAUGAGACUCCUUGCAGUUGUCUACACUGGGAUACUGGUGAAUGGGGUGGUAUACUACUUGCAAGCUUGGGUGAUAGAAAAGAGAGGGCCUGUUUUCUCAAUAAUAUGGAACCCACUCAGUUUUGUUAUGUCUACCAGUGGUUCUAUAUUGCUCUUGGGUGAGCCCCUGUGUUUAGGCAGUGUUGUGGGUGGGAUCAUGCUGGUUCUAAGUCUCUAUAGUGUUUUGUGGGGAAAAGGCAAAGAAGGAGUGAAUCAUCAGAAAUCACUGCCGGUUAAAGCACCAAAAGAAUGCGGAGAUACCAAAAUAACAGAGGCAAGCGAUGCACAACCACAUCCACAGCAACAAAUAUAGUUUUCUUUUUUAUUUAUGAAUCAAGAAAUUAAAAGCCCUUGAUUGAGGCCUAUAAAGAAAAGUCAAUAAGCAUGACUUUUAUGUACUAAUGAUUUGACUCUUUGAAAGAAAUGGGAAACACAUAAUAACAAAAGUCGUUGUUGCCCGUGAAA